UAGAAAAAGAAAAAAGAAAAAGUGAAAGAGUCGUCGUCGCGUACGACAGUACUCAGCAAUUCCAAAUCCGAUUUUAUUGAACUUCAUAUUCUCUCUCUCUCUCUCUCUUCCUCAUCACCUUUCUGAUCAUCAUCGUGAUUUUCUAGAGAGAGAAAGUCUUCACAUUGUCAAAAUAGUGACCAAAGCGCGUACUUGUUACUUGCUCUCAAUCUCAAUCUCAAUCUCCUCCAGAUCUUGAUCAAAAACAGCUUCAAUACUUCCAAUUCUAGAUCGAUCCCAUUGCUAGGGUUCCCAAUUCCAUCUUAUCUCCCAAUGGCGAAGCCAAGGCACUAUCGUUUACCUUCUCGGAAAUCCUCUUCCUCCUCGACCACCCUCAUCUUCACUAUGCUCGUUAUGUUCAGCUUUGUCGUUCUCAUUCUCGUCGCCCUUGGAAUCCUCUCCGUUCCCAGCUCCUCCGGUGACUCCCCCAUGGCUAAUGAUCUUACCUCCAUUGUACACAAGACUGCAGAUAGGAAAACGGACGAUGAUGGCAACAGCGAAAGGUGGGUUGAGGUCAUUUCAUGGGAGCCCAGAGCGUUCGUUUAUCAUAAUUUCUUGACCAAGGAGGAAUGUGAAUAUCUAAUCAAUCUUGCCAAGCCGAACAUGAAAAAAUCGACUGUUGUUGAUAGUGAAACUGGAAAGAGCAGAGAUAGCAGGGUACGAACAAGCUCUGGCACAUUCCUGGCCAGAGGACGUGAUAAAACUAUUAGGACUAUUGAGAAAAGAAUUGCUGAUUUCACCUUUAUCCCCGUAGAACAUGGGGAAGGACUUCAAAUUCUACACUAUGAAGUUGGACAGAAAUACGAGCCUCACUACGACUACUUUCUUGAUGAUUUUAACACUGUAAAUGGAGGUCAGCGUAUGGCCACACUUCUUAUGUACCUCACAGAUGUCGAAGAAGGGGGUGAAACAGUGUUCCCUGCUGCAAAAGGGAAUUUUAGUUCUGUACCUUGGUGGAACGAACUAUCUGAUUGUGGAAAAAAGGGACUUUCUGUUAAACCUAAGAUGGGUGAUGCAUUGCUUUUCUGGAGUAUGAAGCCUGAUGCCACGCUAGAUCCAUCCAGUUUACAUGGUGGAUGCCCCGUAAUUAAGGGAAAUAAGUGGUCAAGUACUAAAUGGAUGCGUGUCAGCGAAUACAAAGCUUGAACCAGUAAAAAGGUGUAUACAAGUGGCCAUCUGUUACUUUAUCAAAGUCUCGAGCCAAUAGCCACAUUGCCAUUCAGCUUCAUAUUCUUAUUUAUUUGUAGGCUAGCACGCACCUUGUCCUUGAAGCUUCAUAUAUUAGAAUUCAGUGUAUACUGUUUUGCUCUGCUAACUUAAAUUUUUUGUUUCCAGUUUCUUUUUCUUCAUAUUGUUACAAGCACAAACCCUUUACAAAAAUAAAAUUUGAUACACAUCUUUUGCGCGA